AACCUUAUCUUGCAUCAUUUGCAAUCUUAAACCCUCUUUCAGAGGGCCCUAAAACCCCAUUCACACCUUAUCUCCGUCGCUUCUACAAGUUCUCCGGACACAACAGCUACCUCUUUACGGCAAUUCCGGUUUCCAUUUCCGCCGUAGCAUGCCAGUAAAACUCCUUUCGGUGCCAGACCUCCAUCUGCUGAACUGUUCUUCACUCCCGGUAACUCUUAUCACCAUGAAAGCCAACCCCUCAUUAUCCAGGGCCAGCCCUUUUCUCACUCGUGCUUUUUCAGAUAGACUAAAGUACCAAUCUCUAUCAUCCUCCAACAACGUAGGGUUUCCGAAAUUGAUGACAACUCCCCAGCUGGAAUUACAUAUUUCUACUAGAGUUUCGAACCACGGUUCUGAAAUUAGGGCUACUAAGAGCUUAAUUGAGGAUGAAUCUGAUCUUAGUGAUUGGUUUAGCGAGUCUGGCUCGUUUAAGAAAAGGCAGUUUUAUGGCGAGAGCGAUGAUGGGAGGAGUAGUGAUAGAGGAGGAAGGGGUGGUUCAGCUGUAAAUAGAAGAUCUGAUGAUUAUAAUGGAGGAUAUCGCGGAGGUGGAAAUAGGGAUUCUUUCGAUGGUAGCUCAAGAGGAGGUGGCUAUAGGGGUUCUUUCGGAGGUAGCUCAAGAGGAGGUGGCGAUAGGGGUUCUUUCAGUGGUAACUCAAGAGGGGGUGGCUCGAGAGGAGGUAGCAAUAGGGGUUCUUUUGGUGGAAGCUCGAGAGGAGGUGGCAAUAGGGGUUCUUUUAGUGGUAGCUCAAGAGGAGGUGGAAGCAGGAGUUCUUUCGGUACCAGUCCAAGAGGUGGACUUAGGAGUUCAUUUGGUGGUAGUUCAAGAGGAAAUGGGCGUUUUGGUGGUGAAUUUGGAAGCAGGGAUGAAGAGUUUAGGUCUAGGAGGGAGAAUAGGUUUGAAGGAGGGAGAGGGCCAAGUAGUUCAACAGGGAGAUAUGCGGGAGAAGUAGAGAGGAGAAAUGGUGGUGUCUCUCGUGAUUCAAAUAAGGGGAAGGAAACUUGGGGUUCAUUUGAUUCCUUUUCUAAAGGAAAAGAGCCAUAUGUGCGUGAUACCGAGAGAGAAGAUGAUCGAUUUGUUUCGAAUAGAAGAGAUGAUAGUUUCAGUGGCAAUGGUAGAGGAAGAGGUCGUGGUGGGGGAGUAAGGACAGGUGUCCAAAGCAUGGGAAGAGGAAGUUUAAUGAUUUCGGAGGAUGAAACAAAAUUAACCGACAGCUUUACAGAAUUGAGCAGUGAUGAAGAAGAAGAAGAAGAUGAGGAUUUUGAGGAUGAUGGGCAUUCCAUGUCUGGACUGAAGAUUGAAGAUUCCGCAAGCCCAAGAGUUGUAACUGAUGAUGCAACAGCAAGUGAAUCUUAUCUAAGUGAGACCAGGUUUGAUGAAUGUUCUGUUUCACCAUUGUCUCUGAAAGCAAUCAAGGAUGCUGGGUAUGAGAAGAUGACCAUCGUACAGGAGGCGACACUUCCUGUCAUUCUCAAAGGGAAGGAUGUGCUGGCCAAGGCUAGGACAGGCACUGGAAAAACUGUUGCAUUUUUGCUCCCAUCAAUUGAAGUGGUUGUGAAGUUGGCACCUGUUGGGCGUGACGAGAAGUGGCCUCCAAUUGUAGUCCUUGUGAUAUGUCCAACCAGAGAGCUUGCAAAUCAGGCUGCAAUGGAGGCUAAUAAGCUCUUGAAAUACCAUCCUUCCGUGGGUGUUCAAGUUGUGAUCGGAGGCACGAGACUUGCUACAGAACAAAGACGCAUCCAGGCAAACCCGUGUCAGAUCCUUGUGGCGACACCUGGAAGGCUGAAAGAUCAUAUCAUGAAUACAUCCGGAUUUGCCACACGGAUCAUGGGAGUCAAGGUUCUGGUUCUUGAUGAAGCCGAUCACCUACUGGACAUGGGAUUCCGUAAAGACAUCGAGACCAUCAUAGCAGCUGUGCCCAAACAGAGACAGACGCUUCUUUUUUCAGCCACUGUCCCACCUGAGGUUCGUCAAAUCUGUCAUGUUGCUUUGAAAAGAGAUCAUGAAUAUAUCAAUGCAGUCGAAGAAGGUGGCGAAGAGACGCAUACACAGGUCCAACAAAAAUAUCUAGUUGCUCCAUUGGACAAGCAGUAUUCCCUGCUGUACGCCCUUCUGAAAGAUCAUAUAGCAGAUGACGGUGAUUAUAAGGUUCUUGUGUUUUGCACGACUGCCAUGGUGACGAAAUUGGUGGCAGAGCUGCUUAGUCAGCUGAAGUUAAAUGUGCGGGAAAUACAUUCUAGAAAGUCCCAAAGUUACAGGACUCAGGUUUCUGAUGAAUUCCGGAGAUCAAAGGGUCUUAUUCUGGUAACUUCAGAUGUGUCUGCACGUGGAGUUGAUUAUCCAGAUGUGACACUUGUGAUUCAGAUUGGGCUUCCAGCUGAUAAAGCUCAGUACAUACACCGGCUUGGAAGAACAGGGCGGAAAGGUAAGGAAGGGGAAGGGAUAUUGUUGGUAGCACCAUGGGAAGAAUUCUUCUUGUCCACCCUUAGGGAUUUGCCAAUUUCAAAAGCCCAGCUGCCUCUGCUGGAUCCAGACACAAACAAAAAGGUGGAGAGAGCAUUGUCGUAUGUGGAGAUGAAAAAUAAAGAAUCUGCAUACCAGGCAUGGCUCGGGUAUUACAACUCCAAUAAGACGGUUGGUAAGGAUAAACAAAGGCUUGUGGAGCUGGCAAAUGAGUUCAGUAGAAGCAUGGGACUUGAUGUUCCACCAUCAAUUUCCAGACUUGUUCUUGGUAAAAUGGGACUCAAGAAUGUUCCUGGUUUACGCACCAAGUAGUACCCUACUUACUAAUUAUAAACAACACCUAUCUAUAAAGUUCGUCUUUUUUAUAGGCUUUUGUUUUCGCAAGAAAUAUUCAAAUUCUAUCUGAAUCAACAAACCGUUCAUUUC